CCUUCCGGCGUUGAUCCGGUGUCCUUUGUCCGGUUGCAGAGAUUAUAAACAAAAUCAAAUCGAAGUUUCUUGAAUGUGUAAAUAUAAAGUUUCUGGAGGGAAGUGUUGGUUGUGAUUUUGCAGCAAACGUGCUAAUCUUUGACUGUAGAAGUGGAUUUGCAAAGGUGGGAUCGCAAAGUUAGCAUUUUAUUAGGAGUCACUCGACUCAUCGGGAUCUGUGGAUUACCAGCCUCUCAACGUGCAAAGAAAAUUGUUUGUCUGUGCAAUCGAUGGGAAAACGUUUCAGAGAUUACCCAGACUGAGCCCUGCUCAGAGUGAGAAUUUCCAGGUGCAGUAACUGUGGAAUAAACUUCAGCCAGUAACGCAACCUGAAAGGUUUUCGCCCCAUUCACGGCGCAGGGAGGCUGCAAGAGUGUCGUAUUUGUCGAAAGGGAUUCAGCCAUUCUUCCAGACUGGAGAAAUUCCGGGAACAACUCUGCAGCACGGAGAGACCCUGCAAGUGCGGGGACUGUGGGAAACGCUUCAAUUACCCAUCUCAGCUGGAAACUCACCGGCGCACUCACACCGGGGAGAGGCCAUUCCCAUGCUGUGUGUGUGGAAAGCGUUUCACGCUGUCUUCCUCCUUGCUGACACACCAGAGCGUACACAGUGGGGAUACCAUGUUUGAGUGCUGUGUGUGCAGGAAGGGGUUCAAACAUGCCUCGCACCUCUUCCAGCACCAGUACACACACACUGAUGAGAGACCGUUCCACUGCCCCGACUGUGGCAAGGGAUUCAAGAACUCCAGCGAUCUGAAGGUCCACCGGCGAAUCCACGUGGGGGACAGGCCCUUUGGCUGCUCCCACUGCGGCCGAAGGUUCAGCCAGUCGUCCAACCUGCUGCGGCACCAGCGGGUCCACACCAUGGAGCGGCCGUUCACCUGCUCCGUUUGCAGCCGUAGCUUUGCCCAGUCCUCGAACCUGCUCACCCACCUGCGUGUCCACACCGGCGAACGGCCCUUCGCCUGCAUCGAGUGUGGCCGGGGCUUCUCCCGCUACUCCAACCUCAUCAACCACCAGCGCGUCCACACCGACGAGAGACCCUACCGGUGUGACAGCUGCAGCAAGAGCUUUAAGAGGUCAGAGGACCUGCUGAGGCACCAGCGGGUGCACACGGACGAGCGCCCCUUCCGCUGCCCGCUCUGCACCAAGAGAUUCCGCCACUCCUCCUCCCUGGUGAAGCACCGGCAGGUCCACACCGGGGAACGCCCUUUCACCUGCUCCAGGUGCGGGAAGGGCUUUGCCUACUCCUCCAGCCUACUGAGGCAUCAGCGGGUCCACGUGUGACUCCAUUAGCCACCCUGUCUAUCCCUACCGCCAGUGUAGCGAGGGUGGUAGAACUGCCUGGCAGUGCCCAAGGUCCAGAUUUGGUCACAGCCCUUGGUAUGGAGUUAGCCCUGUGGCUGGAUGUGUGUUCCACCACCCCUCACCCCCAAUGUUCUACAGAUGUGCUGGUGGAUAGGUUAAUUGUCCAGUGCAAAUUGCCCUGUCAUGUUGGUUAAUCUGGGGUAGAGUUGAUGGGAACGUGAGAAUAAUUUUUUUUUAAAUACAAUUAAUACAAUACUGGUAUGUAAAUGGGUGGUUGAUUGUGAGCACGGACUCAUUGGGACAAAGGGCCUGUUUUCCUGCUUAACGGAUCUGUGAUGGGUUCAGUAAAUGAGGCCCUCGUGGGCUGCUGACAGAACAUUCCCCUCCGCUGCCUGUUGAGGAAAACGUAGCUGGUCCAUUCAUACCCUCUGUCUGAUUGACCCAUUCAACGGGAACAGCCUGUGGGGUCUGGCAGGGGUCUCGAUGCUGGUAACGGACACUGUCAAUAGCCAAUACAGUCUGACCAUAAAAAUGUAAAUUAAAACUAUCCUCUCUAAAUAUCAAUCACUCCUUUGGGUUGGACCUCACGGUGGUGCGUCAUUAACCAGUGUUGGAAUCACGGGUCCUGCUCAUUCCUGGUGGAGGGUCUCGGCCCAAAGUGUUGACUGCUUCUUCUGCUCCGUGGAAGCUGCCUGACCUGCUGAGCUCCUCCAGCAUUUUAUGUGUGUUGUGCUGGAUUUGCAGGAAUCUCAGGCCAUGCUCUUUGAAAUUAUGCAUUUCAAGAAGGUUUCUUCAUUUUUUUCUAAAAUAUAUUUAUUUUGCAUUCUUAAUCAAAGUCUCUGUCCCAGGAGUCAAAUUGGUCAACCUUCAAUGCACUCUAUGCACUGUGCACACGCCUUUUCUUGGAUCAGGAAAUCAGACACAAUAGACGGGACUCCCAAACUCAUCCCAUUGCAGUAAAGAGCCAAAACCAUUUUCUUCCAGUAUUAAGUUUGAAUAAGUCAUAUACAAGGGCAUCUAGGUUAUUCUAAGCAACAGCACUUUUCAGGAUCUUAGCAUUUAAAAAUACUCUACUUUUCUUCCUUUCCAGUCUUGAUAAAGCGUCUUAGCCCAAAAAUGUCAUCUGUUUAUUCCUCUCCAUAGACACUAGUUGAUUCGCUGUGUUCCCCCCAGCAGUUUAUAUUUGUUACACUAUCUUUCCUUGUUUCCUGCCAAAGAGGAUUAGCUGAAACGUUUCUGCAUUGAGCACCACCUAUCAUUUCCAUGCCACCAGCCCAUGAAAUGUUUGCAUCCUCCUGUGUUCCACACUCCAGCUCCGAGCUUUAUACCACUGGAUGGAUAAUAGUGACCACACCCUCCCCCAAUCCAAAUGGUUAAAGUGGAUUGUGAACAGUGGGUAAACAUCACAGAUUCCAAUGUGAAAAUUACUUCUUUAUUCCCUUUCUGUUAUUGGCCAUUAACCAAUCCGGAAUAUUAACGUUAACAAAUUUCAUGUCAUGUGCCGGUGAUAAGAAACCUGAUUCUGCUAUUGGCGAAUCGAUCCAGAGGACAAGUGAGAAACUGCAAACUACCUUCCCUUCAUUCUAGAGCCAGCCUCAGGGUUUCAGGUGAACAGUCUUUAAGAUGAGUGGUUUUAGCUCAGUGACCCAGUCAUAGAGCACUGCAACGGGCCUUUCUGCCCAUCUAGUCUCUGCCAAACUAUUCUGCCAAGUCCCAUCAACCUACAACUGGACCAGAGGCCUCAUCCUCUUCCCCUCCAUUUACUUAGCCACAUCUGGCUUACUUGUUGAACUUGAACCUGCAUCAGAUCCACCCCCUCCCCCCACGUUCCACUGGCAGCUCGAUCCACACUCUCACCACCCUCUAGAGUUAAGGAGUAUCCCCUCAGGUUCCCCUUAAAUAUUUCACCUUUCACUCUUAACCUAUAGCUCUGGACUUGCCCAACUUCAGUAGAAAAAGCCUGGUUGUAUUUAUCCUAUUUAUACCCCUCUUAAUUUUGUAUACCUCUAUCAAAUCUCCGGUCAGUCUAUGUUCUCUGGAGGAGUUCUAUUCUUCAACCUUUCUGUAUAAUUCAGAACCUCAAGUCCUGGCAACAUCCCUGUACAUUGAGCUCUGCACUCUUUCAAUCUUACUGAUACCCUUUCUGUAAUCAGGUGACCAGAACUGCACAGAUUAGGCCUCACCAAUGUCUUGUACAACUUCAGCACAAAAUGAGAACGUACAAAUGACAUUUCCUUCACUGUGAAACCAGUCUCUGUCAUUAAGGUGAAUGCACUCGUCUGACGAUGAGUGUGUUUAGCUUCUAAAAAUACGCUGGCAGGCUAAAUGGCCCAGUCGCGGCUAAAACUGAGUCGUAUCGUUUACCGGACUGACUCCUGAGAAAAGACACUCCUGACUGUCAUGGCAGGAGAUUAUAAUGUGAAUGAUGCCUGCAUGGAAAGGAAAUGGCAUGUUGGCAUUUUUGAGGGCAAGUGUAAAGAUGACUGACUGCAUUCGUAUAGAUCUUUGAGACCGGGCAGUUCAGCUGUCUACCUUGGGGUACACUUAGUGAAGGAGGGGUGCAGUAAAGAUUCACUGGACUAGUUCCAAAGUUUGCUGUGUGAUCAGAAGGUGUGUAAACUAGGCUUGUAUUGCAGUGACAUACUUGCUUGCUGUGAGUCUGUGAUGCUGCAAUAAGCAAGUCUUCCAGUCUAUCUGUACAUACAUGUAAUUGUGCAGAUGAAAAUAAACUCAACUUUGACUUUGAAU